AUGAUCCUUCAAUCUGUGUCUCUUCUUGUUCACCUCGCCACCGGGUAAUCCUUUGUUCUUCAUUUUCUCCGUUUUCAACAGAUUUUUUGACAGUUGGAUCGCGUCCAUCUUCCUACUGAUUCAAUGCAAAUCGAAGCCGAAAAAAGCGGCCGUGGCUCCCGCGCCGGUCAAAUCUCUGGCUGCUCCAGUGGCUCCACCUCCACCGCCGGGAGCUCCUUCCGAAAAGAAAACGAACCAGGAGGCGGCUGCCGGAGCAACUGCGUCCGGAAUGGACAAGAAAGACAAGAAGGCGAGCGAAAUGAAGGAGCCGGAGAAGAAGGAGGCGGAGAAGAGCGGAAAGAAGGAGAAAGAGAAGCAAGAGGACACGUUCGACGCGCUCAAACCCAGAGAUCAGGAGGCGAAUCGCAAGGGCGAGGUGAGUCUGAAACGAUGAAUUCCAGAACUCGGUUGACUUUUCAUUGUUCAGUUGGGCGAGAAGAAGAAGGAGAACAAAGGCGACUACAAAACCUGGAACAAGGUGAUCGAGAACAGCGAGUUCAACAAAACGCUGAGCGAAAAGGACGAGAAAGACAAAAAGAAGAAGAAGGAGGAAAAGAAAGAGGAGAAGGACGAAAAGAAGGACGAGAAGGAUGAGAAGAAGGACGAGAAGAAGGACGAGAAGAAGAAGAAAGAGGACGGAGAGAAGAAGAGCGGAGAGGACGAGGACAAAGACAAGGACAAGAAGUCGAAGAAGGAGGACUGA